GUCUUAAUUGUCGCACGACUUUAUUAUGGUAGCUGAAGUUGACUUGGAGAAAGCUGGCGAGUCAUCCUUCCGCACUACCAUUCCUACUCCUCGACAAGUGGACGUUGGUUCAAGUCUGGAGUGGACACAUCUUACUUUCGCUGUUGGUGACAAGAAGAUCCUCAAUGACUGCUCUGGAACACUCCGACCGGGGGAACUGACAGCCGUGCUAGGUCCGUCGGGGUCGGGGAAAUCGACCCUCAUGAACGUGCUCGGUGGUAGACAGGGCUUGAAGGGUCCUGGCCGAUCCUUCAAGGGUGCUGUGUCGUUUAAUGGGAGGGUGGAGGACCCUGUGCACUUCCGGAAUCGGAUUGCCUAUGUGAUGCAAGAUGAUACUCUAGUGGCGACCAGUACCCCUGAAGAGAUCCUUCGCUUCUCUGCUAAUCUCAGGCUGGCUGAUACCAACAGGAAAGAGGUGAAUGAGUUAGUAUCAAAUCUUCUGGACUCAUUAAAGUUGACUAACUGCAAAGACACGGUUGUUGGUAAUGAGAUUAUCAAGGGUAUCUCUGGUGGUGAGAGGAAGAGGACUUCGGUUGGCGUAGAGCUCAUCACCAAACCAGAGAUGAUAUUCUUGGACGAGCCUCUCACUGGUCUCGACUCCUAUGCCGCUACUACUACUGUGAAGGUACUCAAGGAUCUAGCGGCUAAUGGAGUACCUGUCAUGAUUACAGUUCAUCAACCUUCCAGUGAGAUCUUUGCUAUGUUUGAUAAUAUCGUAGUUAUUUCGGAAGGCUGUAUCGUGUACGAUGGUCCCAGGAAAGAGCUUGUCGACUUCUUUUAUGAAAAUGGUGGUUAUAAGUGCCCGAGUAACUACAAUCCUGCUGAUUACGUAUUGUACGUGUUGCAGACUGAACCGAGGGAAAAUAUUGAAGUUCUCGUUGAUGCAUAUAAGGUUUACUUCGAGAAGCGGAUGAUGUCAGGAAUAGAUGAGCUCCGUGGGGAAGCUGUCCAGCAGGCUGAAGUUCAUUCGAAAGCUCGAGUAGCUUCCUUGCGAGUUCAGCUGAGGGAGCUACUGAAAAGGGACUUCCGAGACAUCAUCAGAAACCCAACGGUGCAAAUCAUAAAGUUUUGCAUGACCGUUUUCAUGGGGCUUAUAAUGGGCUGUGUGUUUUUCCAAGCUGGUGCGGAUGAGUCUGAGAUGUAUUGGCUCACCAACCGUGGGAGAUUCCAGUCCUACUAUGGUGGAAUAGUCAUUACGUGUGUGGCUGCUAUGAUGGGAUCAGCUCAGACGACCAUCUUGAGGUAUCCGGAUCAGCGUGCUAUUUUUGUGAGGGAAUACGCUAGCAAUAUGUAUUCCUCUAUUCCUUAUGUGCUAUCACAGACUCUACUGGAAGUGCCAAUGGCAUUCAUAGAGAGUGUCAUUCAGAUCAUCAUAGCUUACUUCAUGCUAAACUUUCAAGGCAGCUGGAUCUUAUGGGUUUUGAGUAACCUUCUUAUCAACUUAGUAUCGGCAUCCUUUGCCCAGUUCCUCGGUGCUCUGGCUAACUCUGGCGCCCAAGCAAUGCAGUUCAUGCCGCUCAUUUUGGUCCCUCAGAUGAUCUUCUCUGGUUUGUUCACUCCUAUAAGUGAAAUACCGGUGUGGUUACGAUGGUUGCAGUAUUUGAGCUUCCUCAAGUACACUGGUUCCUUGGCAUACUUCAAUGAAUUUGGCUUCGAUAUGACUCUCCUGAACGAGGCCAAUGACAUCCAUGCUGAUCUUGUUGGGUUGUACAUCGGUGUUUUGUUGGCAAUGCUCAUCAUACUGCGCAUCUUGGCAACUGUAAUUCUGAAACGUAAGGCUCGGUACGUGUAUUAGGCAGCUGAGGAGACAGCAGUACUUCGAUGGACGCAGGGCUGUUAGUCCUCAGAAUCUCGACUGCCACUCUUCUUUGGUUACCGUCACUGAGCAGACUCUUUGUUCCACCACCAUGGUUUGGUAAGUGAUUAUUUUCUAUGCUUUUAAAAGAGCUGUAGGAUGUAAUAAUGAUGAAACUCCCAGUAGCAUCCAAACCGGCCGCUGUUUGAGACUCCUUGAUAGUAUUCCAUUGACAGGCGU